GAAAAUCUUGCAAUCGACAGAAAUCUAACGCGACAAGAAAUUACUACAUUUCUUAACCAUGCCGUCAAUCUGGGUUGCUAUGUAACCAAUGUAACUGAACCUACAAACUCGUCUCAGUCUCUCUCCUCACCAGUAACGUCGGAACUGUUGGUGUACACCUGGAUUAAGGACAAUGUUACUGUCACGCAGUCUUCACGUGCAAAAAUUCAUGGGAACGUUCUGGUGGUGACACCAAAGUUCCCAAAGGACUUUGGAAUGUACGAAUGUAACGUCACGAAUGGAGUGUCAAGUACCCAAUGUAGAAUCUUAUUGAUAAGAGGACUGAAGUAUGAGUCAGCUGGUGAGUACAAAACAAGUGUCUUGGAUACUGAAUAAACACUGCCUACUUGGACAACCCAAUUCCCAGUGACACAAAUCUCAUUUUUUUAUUCACAAUUUAGACUAUUGCGAAUCCCAGUUUCUAUUGUACCCCUUGAGAACUCCUUCAACAGUAUUUUCACGGUACCAUUUGCUGAAAUGAAAUAAAAUUUGGGAUAAACUCUGGCUACUUCUGGAUGUGAAUGUUUAAUUUCAUACUGUUGAUUAAUAACUUUUUGUUAUGCAUUUCAGGAGGAAAAGGGUGUGUCAAUAUUUCUGUUUUGAUGCCUGUUUUGGCUGUAUCAGUGCUGUUUGCUCUGUUUUUUGUCCAUCUUGUUAUCAGACGAAAGGCCCCUAAAAUACUCAGCCAAAAACGACGAAAAUCUAAACAACGCAGAAAGUCCAGGAAUUUACUGUACAACAGUUUUAAUGAUGAAACAGCAAACAAUAAUGAAAAGAAGCAAGACAUUGUCUCCACAGAGAUGCAGGUGAUAAAUGAUUACACCAGCACACCAAAACCGCAGGAGCCUGAGCCUGAGCCAGAGCAGAAACCUAGUGAAGAGUGCAGGCGCGAACAAAGAUCUGGUUUUUCCUAUAAAUCUUUUCGAGAGCUCUCCAUAGAACUCGAUGACGCGGAAACUGGAUCUCAGGUGUCAGAUGAAUCAAAAACUUCCAACGACAAAAUCGGUUUUUACGACAAGAUCUUGAAAAACGAUUCCACUGACGAGAGCGAUGACGAAGUCUUUUCCCAAACAACGGAGGAAGCAGUCGCAGUUUUGUUACCUAACAAGGGUAAAGGCGAAGUAAGGUUUUUUCGAUAAAGCCUAUCAUUCAGAAUCUAUGAAUCUUAAUGAUGGCUACGCACAAAUGGCAAGCUGCCACUGUUAGUUCUGUCAUGGAUGCAUUUUCCAACCAAGGAUUUAAAACGGAGUCUGUCGAUGUUCACAUUGCAAAAGAUAAAGAUAAAGCUCCAAGAGGAAAGGAGCCCAUUUACGAUGAUAUACCUGUUGCUGAUACAUACUUCUGACCAAUCUUUCACUGUAGGUAUCAGUGUCAAGUCUUCCCUUUUGAAAUGAAAUUGGGAUACUAAAAUUUGUUUGAAUUCAUGAAAUUUAUAUGUGAAUUUUAUAGCUAUAAUAGUCUGCUAUUUACCAGUACGAUGAAUGUAUUCGUCAUUGCUUUAACAAGUCUAAAGAUGAAAUGUUUGCUGGUAUCUCAUCUUUUGGCGAACCAUUUCAAAGUGCCAAUGGUUUUACAUUUCCAUUCUAUAACCCUACGAAAGGGUGACGGUUCCGCUACGAAAACAAACCUGCGAAAACAAACGUUUCUCCUCGUUCAUCGCCGCUGGGGGACGUAAAACGUCUCUUUUCGCAGGUUACGUGAAAGUAUAUUUUUUUAUUCAUAGAGUAUUGCGUCAGCGUUUUUCUGCAGUCUCUCAUUUAACGCCCUCAUCUUGAAAGACAAGAAAGCCCGUGGGACGAGGAUGGGCGGC